AGCGGGACAGGGCGGGGGCGACCAUGGCGGCCAAGGGGGGCCGCGGGACCGAGAGCGAGGACAGGACUGUCCCCGACGCCACCCGCCUGCAGGCCUACGCUUGGUGCCGGGAGUUCCUCGCCGGCUCCUGGAAGCUCAUCAAGGCGGAGGAGUUCGGGAUCGAGCCGGUCAGCGGGGGGCUCAGUAACCUGCUGUACAAGUGCGCGCUGCCCGAGCACAUCCUGAGCGUGGGGGACGAGCCCCGGCAGGUGCUGCUGCGAGUCUAUGGGGUCAUCCUGCAGGGCGUGGACUCGCUGGUGCUGGAGAGCGUCAUGUUCGCCAUCCUGGCCGAGCGCGCGCUGGGCCCGCGGCUCUACGGGGUGUUCCCGCAGGGCCGGCUGGAGCAGUACAUCCCGAGCCGGCGGCUGCGCACCGAGGACCUGUGGGACCCCGACGUCUCCGGGGAGAUCGCGGUGAAGAUGUCCCGGUUCCACGGGAUGGUGAUGCCCUUCAACAAGGAGCCCAAGUGGCUCUUUGGGACCAUGGAAAAGUACCUGAAGCAGAUUUCUGAGCUCUCCUUCACGGAGAAGGCGCAGCUGGAAAAGUUCAACCUGCUCAAGGGUUACAACCUGGAGGAGGAGAUGAGGAGCCUCAGGGACCUUCUGGAAUCCACCCCAUCCCCGGUGGUUUUCUGCCACAACGAUGUCCAGGAGGGGAACAUCCUGCUCCUGGCGGGACACGAGACCUCGCCCUCGGACAAGCUCAUGCUCAUCGACUUCGAGUACAGCAGCUACAACUACAGGGGCUUCGACAUCGGGAACCACUUCUGUGAGUGGGUUUACAACUACACCCACGACUCCUGGCCCUUCUUCAAGGCUUCCCCGGAGAACUACCCCAGCCGGCAGCAGCAGCUGCAUUUCAUCCGGCACUACCUGUCGGAGGACUCGGGGCACCGCGGGGACACCACGCACGAGGAGCAGGCGCGGAUCGAGGAGGAGAUGCUGACGGAGAUCAACCGGUUCGCUCUGGCCUCCCACUUCUUCUGGGGCCUGUGGUCCAUCCUGCAGGCCAAGAUCUCCACCAUCCAGUUUGGGUACCUGGACUAUGCACAGAGCCGCUUCCAGGCCUAUUUCCAGCACAAGGCUGAGUGUUCCUGACCGAGAGAGGCCCCCCAAGCUCUGCCUGUGCCCCCCUCGGGACCCUCUGCCCUCCCAGUGCCCCUGGGAAAGCUGGGACACUUUGUCCCCCCUUCCCAUGAGGGCCAGAACAGCUGGGGGGCUGUAACAGUUAUGGGGCUGUAAGAGUUUGGGGGGGGCUGUUGAAACGGUUGGAGGGGUCAUUG